GGGAGCCCCAAAAAGCCAUUCCCUCUUUUUCUCAUCAUCUAUUUCCUCCGUCACCAGAUCGCCAGAUUUUUCCUGAUACUUCCGACCGCGGAGAGGAGAGAUCCCAUCGAGCUCGCGCGUUCGUGGUUCCAUCCUCUGCCUCUCGCGGCGGCGAUCUCGAUUCGUUGUUAGUGUCGAUUUCAAUCGCAAUGGGAUUGGGGAAGAGCGAGGCGGGCUCAUCGUCGUCGCGGCUGGACCCGGCGCCGCUGCUGCCGCACCACGGCAGCGCGGAAGGAGGGGGCGGCGGCGGCCUGUCGUCGCAGCCCAAGACGUUCGCGAACGUCUUCAUCGCGGUGGUCGGCGCCGGCGUGCUGGGCCUGCCCUACACCUUCUCGCGCACGGGGUGGGCGGCGGGGUCCAUCCUGCUGCUCACCGUCGCGCUGCUCACCUUCCACUGCAUGAUGCUGCUGGUGGCCUGCCGCCGCCGCCUCGCGGACGAGCACCACCCCAAGGCGCUCGCCUCGUUCGGGGAUCUGGGCGCCGCCGUCUUCGGCGCGCCGGGCCGCCACGCCGUCGACGCCAUGCUGGUGCUCAGCCAGGCCAGCUUCUGCGUCGGGUACCUCAUCUUCAUCUCCAACACCCUGGCGCACCUCUACCCGGCCGCCUUCGCCCCGUCCCCGAACGCCCUCCUCUCCCCGAAGGCGCUCUUCCUCUACGCCAUGCUGCCGUUCCAGCUCGGGCUCAACUCCAUCAGGACCCUCACCCUCCUCGCCCCGCUCAGCAUCUUCGCCGACGUCGUCGACCUCGGCGCCAUGGGGGUCGUCGUGGGGCAGGACGUGUCGGUCUGGCUCGCCGCGCGCCCCACCGUGGCCGCGUUCGGGCCGCCCGGCGCGCUCCUCUACGGGGUCGGCGUCUCGGUCUACGCAUUCGAGGGCGUCUGCAUGGUCCUGCCCCUCGAGGCCGAGGCCGCGGACAAGAAAAAAUUCGGCGCCACGCUCGGGCUCUCCAUGGCCUUCAUCGCCGCCAUGUACGGGGUGUUCGGCGCCAUGGGCUACGCCGCGUUCGGCGACGCCACCCGCGACAUCAUCACCACCAACCUCGGCGGCGGCUGGCUGUCGGCCGCCGUGCAGCUGGGGCUCUGCGUCAACCUCUUCUUCACCAUGCCCGUGAUGAUGAACCCGGUGUACGAGGUCGCCGAGCGUCUGCUCCGCGGCAAGCGCUACUGCUGGUGGCUGCGCUGGGCGCUCGUGGCCGCCGUCGCGCUCGCGGCCAUGCUCGUGCCCAAUUUCACAGACUUCCUCGCGCUCGUUGGGAGCAGCGUAUGCGUGCUGCUCGGCUUCGUGCUGCCGGCCACCUUCCACCUCAAGGUGUUCGGCGCCGAGAUGGGCUGGCUCGCGGUUCUCAGCGACGCGCUCCUCGUCGUGCUCGGCCUCGUGCUCGCCGUCUUCGGCACCUACUCGUCGCUGGUGCAGAUCUUCCACUCUUCCAGCGCUUGAUUCAUGGAUCGCUACGCCGGUGCGCCGACGAUUAUUUUGGUCGGUGCAUCGGGCUCAUCCACGCACUACGGAGAAGCACAAGGGGAUCAGAAGAUGAGAGGGGAAUUGCCUGGCUCAGCAAUCUGUUGAUCUGGGAAAUGGUUUGCCUGCAUUCGUUCGCACUUCUUCUCUUUCAGAUUGUUAUUGCAGGAUGCACUUCUUCUCCUUCAGAUUGUUAUUCUAGGAUACGUGUUGCUUGGAAUGGAUGGGCAUGUAGAAAUCUGUAUCUACAGAUUUUUCAUGUCUUCCCAAUGUCCUAGAUGUUCCAGCUGCAGUGCAGGAUGGAUUCGAUGAAAGGGCAUGAUUUCCAGUUACUUGUGCCGUAGCCUCAGCGUACAAGAUUGUUGAUUGUGUGCUGUUUUUCUUCUUCUUGGUGUGUGUGUGUGUGUGUGUGUGGGGUUAAUUUGGCUGAGCAAGCAAUUUGGACGGCCUACAUUGCGUUGCUUGUCAAAGUAUUUCAUGCAUUCUAUACGUUUCGAACUUUUGUAUGCACCAACCAAGCAAGCAAGCUUGUAAAGGGUCCCGAAGGAAUAAUAUUGGAACUACGAGCCAGUUUUAUUUGA